AUGAACAACUUGGACAAUAUGAAUAAUAAUGGUGAAGACUCACAAAAAUGGAUUCUGGAUCCCAGCGAGAUCGAUGUGAUGGUCGAAGUACCGAUAAACGACGGUGGCGGCGGCGACAGAAAUGGGAGCUUCAAAAGGAGGGAUGAUGAUCAUGGGGUUUCAAGGCCUGGGAUGAGGCUUGGAAGAAGGAAAUCCAAAGCUGAAAGAGGCCUUAAAAGCUUGAGAUUUUUGGAUCGUUCUGUGACUGGCAAUGAAGACGAUGCUUGGAGAGCAAUUGAGAGUCGAUUCCAUCAACAUGCUAUUGAUGAUAAGCUUCAUAAAGAUAAAUUUGGACUUUGCAUUGGAAUGGGAGGAGAUUCAAAGGACUUUGCAUGUGAAUUGUUUGACACAUUGGUGAGGAGAAGGAGGCUAUGUUCAGCAGAUGGGAUUACAAUGGAAGAAUUACAUGGUUUUUGGCAAGACAUGACUAACCAAGAUAUGGAUUUUCGCCUACAAAUAUUCUUUGAAAUGUGUGACAAAAAUGGUGAUGGGAAGCUUUCAGAGGCAGAAGUAAAGGAGGUGAUAAUCUUGAGUGCAUCUGCAAACAAGCUAGGAAAUCUCAAAAGCCAAGCAGGUUAUUAUGCAUCUAUGAUCAUGGAAGAGCUUGAUCCAGACCAUCUUGGAUAUAUUGAGCUAUCACAACUUGAAACUCUAUUGAGGGAAGUUAUGGCAUUUGAUCAAGAUAACAGCAAGAUUAUGACUAAGAAGACAUGUACUCUUACAAGAGCCAUGAUUCCUAAAAGAUACCGAACUCCAGUGAGUCGAAUGGUGUCGAGGACCGUCGAGCUCGUCCAUGAUAAUUGGAAGAGGAUAUGGGUGAUCGUAGCAUGGCUAGCGAUAAACGUGUCGUUAUUCAUUUGGAAGUAUAAUCAAUACAAGAAACAUAAGGCAUUCAAAAUCAUGGGGCAUUGUCUUUGUGUUGCAAAAGGUGGAGCUGAGACAACCAAAUUCAAUAUGGCAUUGAUUCUAUUGCCAGUUUGUAGAAGUACUCUCACAAGACUAAGGUCAACAUUUCUAAGUAAAAUCAUUCCUUUUGAUGAUAAUAUAAACUUCCACAAAAUAAUAUCAUUUGGGAUAGUGAUUGGGACUUUUCUUCAUGUGUUUAUGCACAUAACUUGUGAUUUUCCAAGGCUAAUUGCAUGCCCUAGAGAAAAAUUUAUGGUGCUUCUUGGGCCUAAUUUCAAUUACAAAAAGCCAAGUUUUCAAGAUUUGGUGAGAAGUACAGCUGGGAUUUCUGGAGCUUUAAUGUUGAUUAUUAUGGGGUUUUCAUAUGUUUUGGCCUCACAUCAAUUCAGAAGAAAUGUUAUUAAGUUGCCUCCACCUCUACAUCAUUUGGCUGGCUUCAAUGCAUUUUGGUAUUCUCAUCAUUUGCUUAUUGUGGCCUAUGUUCUCUUCAUAAUACAUGGCUACUACCUCUUCUUAGUCACCAAUUGGUAUGCUAAAACGACAUGGAUGUAUUUAGCAAUGCCAAUGUCUUUAUAUGCUAGUGAGAGACUUCUUGCAUCAGUGAAUGAGCUCAAGCAUAGUGUUGACAUUAUUAAGGCAGUGAUAUAUACAGGGAAUGUUCUUGCAUUAUAUAUGACAAGACCUCAAGUAUUCAGAUAUAAAAGUGGAAUGUAUUUGUUCAUCAAGUGCCCAGAUAUAUCAGGUUUUGAAUGGCAUCCCUUCACUAUCACUUCUGCACCAGGAGAUGAUUACUUGAGUUGUCAUAUCAGAACAUUAGGAGAUUGGACUGCAGAGCUUCAUAACAGGUUUGCAAAGGUAUGUGAGAUGGAGAAUGCACAAGCAAGAAAGGGAAGUAUGGUUAGGAUGGAAACUAAAGCAUAUAAUGCCAAUAGCUAUUCUCAAUUAAGUUUCAGAUAUCCAAGAAUUCUCAUCAAGGGGCCAUAUGGUGCUCCAGCACAAGAUUACAAAAAGUAUGAUAUUCUCUUCCUUAUAGGGCUUGGUAUUGGGGCAACUCCGAUGAUCAGCAUUAUAAAAGAUGUUUUAAACUCCAUCAAGCCAGUUGACGCUUAUAGUGUGAGUAAUAGUAGGAGAGGCCCUGAAAGAACAUACUUUUAUUGGAUUACAAGAGAACAAGGCUCAUUUGAGUGGUUCAAAGGUGUUAUGGAUGAUAUCUCUGAAUAUGAUCAUGAUCAUGUAAUAGAAAUGCACAAUUACUUGACUAGUGUAUAUGAGGAAGGAGAUGUAAGAUCUGCCCUUAUAACCAUGGUGCAAAAGCUCCAACAUGCUAGGAAUGGAGUUGAUGUUCUCUCCGAAAGUCGGAUACGGACUCAUUUUGCUAGACCAAACUGGAGGAAGGUGUUCAUGGAAUUGGCAAGUAAUCACAUGGGUUCACGUAUAGGUGUGUUUUAUUGUGGAAGUGCUACACUCACUCAAACAUUAAGGAAACUAUGCCAUGAAUUUAGCUUAAGCUCUACCACUCGCUUUCACUUUCACAAGGAGAAUUUCUAG